UGUCCAGCAGAGACCACACUCCAGUCGCAGACGAAACAACAUACCAAAAUGGGUUACGAAGACUCCGUCUACCUCGCGAAGCUUGCUGAGCAGGCCGAGCGCUAUGAGGAAAUGGUCGAGAACAUGAAGGCCGUUGCCUCCGCCGACCAAGAGCUUUCUGUCGAGGAGCGAAAUCUCCUCUCCGUCGCCUACAAGAACGUCAUCGGUGCCCGCCGUGCAUCCUGGCGCAUCGUGACUAGCAUCGAGCAAAAGGAGGAGAGCAAGGGCAACGAGCAGCAAGUCACUCUUAUCAAGGACUACCGCCGCAAGAUCGAGGCCGAACUCGCCAAGAUUUGCGAGGACAUUCUCGAAGUCCUGGACAAGCACCUCAUCCCCUCGGCCCAGAGUGGCGAGUCGAAGGUCUUCUAUCACAAGAUGAAGGGUGACUACCACCGCUACCUGGCCGAGUUUGCUAUGGGCGACAAGCGCAAGGAGUCCGCCGACAAGUCUCUCGAAGCGUACCAGGCCGCUACCGAGGUCGCUGGCACUGAUCUCGCCCCUACCCACCCAAUCCGUCUUGGACUUGCCCUCAACUUCUCUGUGUUCUACUACGAGAUCCUCAACUCUCCCGACAAGGCAUGCCAAAUGGCCAAGACCUCGUUCGACGAGGCCAUUGCCGAACUCGACACGCUCUCCGAGGAAAGCUACAAGGACUCCACGCUCAUCAUGCAGCUGCUCCGUGACAACCUGACUCUCUGGACUUCGUCCGAGGCUGAGCCUGCCUCAGAUGCCCCAGCCGCCGCCGAGGGCGAGUCGAAGGAGCACACUGAUGCACCAGCUGGUGAAGAUGCCAAGCCUGCUCAGUAGUCGUUCUAUGCGUUUUCAUACAUCGACGGUCGUUCAUUGAGAGCGGGUGGAGCCAGUGUGUUGCUGGAGCUAGUGGUGCAUUCUCUUUUCUCUUGGACGUAGAGGUUGGAGGCAGCGAGACGGAAUAUCCUGCAUGAUGCUAGUCCUACAUGCCUACAAGUCUACUACAAGACAGACCUCCCCGAAAUAACAAAAAACCUGAAAGUUGAUAUUCAAGCUGCUCACUGCACUCGGAGGGCAAAACCUUGCACGAUGAUGGCCUCCUGUGCUUGGCUCGGACAGCCUUGCUCGCACUGUUUCUACCACUGCUGUGGAUGUACUCCUUUCGCGACGCUCACGACAGGUCGACAGCGAGCAUAUCCGGCACGGCACACGAUAGACGGCAUGCUACCGUGGAACGAUGAACUGCAGAGACCGCACGAUGCUGUCGAAACAUUCGGCAGCGGACUGAGGUCCGAGUUUGCGAUCACGCUCCACGUUGGCGACAGAGCGGUCCUGGUGCAGGAAGGCAAGCUGUGGCCUGCCAUUGCUGCUCGAUUCGGCAGGUACACUGGCAAUUACAUAUCAAGAACAC